AUGUGUGAAAGUUCCCUGCUGUUUUGCAUAUGCAACUGUGCCUAGUAUCGCCAUAUUUUUCUUCGUUAUCGUUUAAAAUGGCGACAAGAUGGUCAAAAUAUUUUUUCUUAUGCUCCUCUGGACUCAGUAUUUUUCUUCUUGCCGUGCUAACUUUUGACUACUUCCUACUAGGUAAGUUUUCAAAGCACACAAUGAAAUCGUCGUUGCAAGUAAACAACACACAUUUGCUUGGAACUAACAACUCACAACUCAUGCAACGGGAAAGGACAAAGACGCUUUUACUCAUCUACACUGUUUUUUUCGGGACAGCAAAGUGGAUAAGAGAUCGUGAUUGUGGAUUUGAAAACAAGUUUUUAUUUGCCGCAAAUAAAUGUCUCUCAGGUGAUUUCGAAUUGACCUACGACAAACAACGGCUUGAGGAAAGCGACUUAGUCGUGUUUCACGCUAGAAACAUGCCAAGUGUAGAUCAUCUAAGAACGCUGCUGAAAAACAGGUCCACUUCACAGCGCUGGGUAUAUGCUUUGUGGGAAAGUCCAAAUGCAACACCAAAUCCUGGUCCAUUAAACGGGCUGUUUAACUCAACGUGGACUUACAGAAGCGAUUCAGACUUCUGGUCGCCAUAUGGAAGUUACGAAGAACUGACUGAAGAAGAAAAAUUGAAUAAAGUAAGAAACAUACCGGACUAUUCCCAAGGAAAAACUGAACUUGUGGCUUGGAUGGUUAGUAAUUGUGGCGCUCAACCUCGAAUGGCUUUCGCCGAAACGCUGAGAAAAUACAUCAAGGUUGAUGUGUUUGGAAGGUGUUCCGGAAAAUUUGGGCAACAGAGAGGUUGUGGAAAUCUAACUGCUUGCCUUAAAACGUUUAAGUUUUAUUUGUCUUUCGAAAACGCUUUAUGUGAGGAUUACAUCACUGAAAAAUAUUGGGGAAGGCUCGGUAAGACCCGUGUGUUUUAGUUUGAAAUUUAGCCCAUUAUUAUAGUCAAAAAUCGAAUUUCUUUAAUUCAUAGUACGGUUUCUGGGGCAUCCGUUUGUUGCAUGUCUUAAGUCACUGACAAAGAUUCUUUUAUCAUUACAAUGAUGAAAGAGAAUUUUAAUGGUAUGUACUUCAUGUAAGACUUCAUAAAUUCCUAUGUCAUAAUUUGGGGGAUGGGUCGAUUUGUGGGGGGGUGGGGGGGAGUCGGUGACGAUCGGGGGGUUGUACAAAAGAGAGAGUCUCCAGGUUUUAGAUCUUCAGAGAUUGGCAUCUCUGUUUCCGAGAGUAGCGGAACAUCUGGAACAUCGGCGUGGCAAUCAGGCUUUAUUUGUCCGGACGGAAUGUUCCCGGGGGUACUCCCUAUAAUCGCCCAUACGUGAUGGCUCCAUCCUAAUGGGGUACCUUAUCAGGCUUCGGGUAUAUGAAAGGGUAGGGGUUUCACUAGUUGAAGUAUGUGAAUGGGUGGGGAAAUCUGUCAUUUUAGUUGUAAAAAGACUCAAAAGUGCUGACAGAUCAGGUACAUUUUAUCUCAGUGAAAAAGUCGAGAGAACGUUCUGUUUUUGUAGGUUAUUCAUAUUUUAAAGACAGUGAAUUUACAUCUGCAAUUAAAAUGGAUGGAAAGUGCUAAACUACUAGGUAUGUGAAAGGGAUACCAUUUGUCGAUAGAAGGUAUUGUUGGUUUUCAGUGUCACGCCAUUCAAAAUAGAUCAAAAUAAAAAUCAAAACCAUUCGACAGAUAAAGUCCAGAAUCUGGGAAAUGAAACGAGGUAAAUAUACAAAGACCCUCGAUUUGGGUCGAAGGAAUAAUUCGUAUACGAGAUAUCCGUGGAACUGUUUUACCCAAAUUUAUAGAGAUUUGUAUGGAGACGCCAUGCUGGAGCUCAUCCGGAUGAGCUCCAACAUGGCGGACGGAAACCAACAGACACAUCUGUUACCUAGGUUUGCUACAAAAAGAGUGAAUUUACUCCUAGAGGAACUCAUAAAAGUUAAAGUAAUACUUUUUCUAAUACUCGAACUGUUUUGAUAGCAGAAUUCUUCGAAAAAAGUCACUUUUUUAACCUAAAUGACAGCUCUCUCGGCCGUCAUGUAAAUGGUGCGUCACGCAAAAGCUUAGAAAUUCAAGCGUACUCUAUUACAAAACCAAGAACCCUUUUGAAGCCAAAAUUUGUUCGAAAACCAGUUUUCAGCUGCUCUAAUACACCAUGAAAGUAAAAUCUCAGUAGGGUCAAUAGUUUUGUAGUUUGACUUUUAGUGACGUCAUCUGAAAACCAACUAUACGAAAGGGGUACCUUUCCUCUCAAAAAUUCCCCUAUAAAAGGGACAAGGGCUGGAUCUAUCUAUCCUCCAAGUAACAAACAAAAACCUGUCGGCAAAACCUACAGACCUAAAAAUGAUAUUUUCUGCCUUUUAAUAGCAUAUAGUUUUCCUUUUUUAUAUCUUAUAAUAUACUUCGAAUGCGCUCAUGGACAUGGUGGAGAUUCUAUUUUCGCGGGGAAAAGUGCCCUAAAAUGUGUCUAAAAAUAAACUGGUCCGUAAAAACGCCGUGACAUAGGCCUAGUAUGGGAGUUACUCGCUCCGGAUUAUGGGCUCCUGAAUUGUGGCAUUUUGAAAUACUUGCUAGCCUAAAAGUUUUUCUAAUUUCCUGUUUUCCUGAUUCUGUAAGUGUUUUCUUCUCUAAUUGGCAAUAUUAUGACUGAAAUGAACUUCUGCCUGCGGGCCAUGAUACAGGCCCUCUAACUGGAACAGAUUUCUGGGACGGUCAUCAGAAGGUGACCGCUUAAUACAGGUGCACAGCAUUGGUAAAUAGCAUUUGGGCCAUGGGCGUCUACCAUUUAAGAGGGUCUGAAGGGGGGUUCAUCGAUAACACUAAACACUUCAUUUUUUGGCUUUCUAACAUAAAACAGUUAAAUUUUGGGCAUUUUAACACUAACAGUAAAACAUUCUUUCAAACAGUAAAUUUUUUCCAGAAAGAAGAAAAAACGUCUCUAAAAAGGCCAAUAUUAUUUUGUUUAGUUUUUCAAGGAGUUUUCGGCCAUUUUAGGACAAUUUAUUUCAGAUUUCCGAAGACUGCCGAACAUUUUCGAAGACUAACGAAGAGGUCCGACCAUUGCCGAAGAUAUCCGAAGAACCCUCCAAACACUUAACAGUACUUUCUUCGGAAACAGCAAACAUUAAAAACUUGACCAAUUUAACUGCAAACACUAAAACCCCAUUCAGACCCUCUUUAAAUAUUGCACAGUUUGGUACUUUUCAGAUCAUGAUUAGAUCUUUUCUUUAUUCCAGGUGAUAUGAAUGUCAUCCCAGUUGUGAUGGGAGGUGCUGAUUACUCCAAGCUGGCUAUUCCAGGGUCUUAUAUCAAUGUUAUGGACUUCAAAACUGUUAAACAACUGGCAGAGUACCUUCAGUAUCUGGACAAAAAUAACACUGCUUAUAAUGAAUACUUUAAAUGGAGACUAAAAUACAAAGUGUUUCGAAGCAACCUUGAUUUAUCAAUGUGUCAAAUAUGUAAAUGGUAUGUUGCAAAAUCUCCGCUUGAACUGAAAGUUUAUGGUGACCUUAGAACGCACUGGCUGAAGAAGGGACGAUGUAAUGAGAAAAGCCGUCUUAUCCGAAAUAUGUGGAAAGACGAAUGAUUCCUCAGAGAUGGUCAUAUGAUAUUACUACACGUUUACAGUUCUUUCAAAUGCAAAGAAAUGUAACAAUCAUGACAUGCUUAGGUCAACUGGAGAACUGGUACUUUUAAUUUAGAUAAGACACUUUGUUGGUUAUGUGACUUAGUCUGCUUCACGGCCGCUUUUUGUGUCGUCAAACAACGCUCCUCUCCACAGACGGGUCACGCUCAGCAGCCGUUUUGGGAGGGAGGAGCGUUGCGUGAUGACACAAAGAACGGCUGUGAAGCAGACCCGUGCCACUUACUCUUCGCUUUUUUAAUAGCACGGGCGUAACGAGUCAGGGGAUAAGAGGCGACUGAAUUCCCAGGGGAGUCUGCAUCAUGCCGAAAAGAUAAAAGGCUACAGGUGCCCUGUGGCUCUGACCAUGCGCAUUGGCUCGGAAGUCGGAAGUCGGAAGUGAGAAGUGGGAAGUGGGAGGUGGAAAGUGGGAACUGGGAGGUCCGAAGGUCUAGCCAUUGAGCUUUGAGUCUGAACGGUCAGAAAUCAGAAAUCCGGAGUUGACACUUUGUCAAGUCUGAAGUCUGAAGUUUGAAGUAUGAAGUCUUUUAAGACUUCAUACCUGGAGUCAAAAGUCAGAAGACUCUCCUCGGCUUUCGUACAUACAUGAUAAAUACAUACACCCACACAUACAAACAUACACACACAUUGUACAUACAUCUAGCCGGAUUUUUUAAAACGUUAUCGCCAAAUGGACCUUUUGCGUCCAACAGUUUUUUUCGGCCAAAAAUUACUCUCCAAAGUAGCCAUCCUGAAAAAAAACAAGAAUGCAACCAUUGCCUUUUUUCUCUUCUCCACCUUUCCUUGUCCUCACUCUUUGCUUUUCUGCUUUCCUUUUCCUUCGUUAUUGUGAUUUUGGAGCUUUUCGGGCUUAAGAAACCUUACUUUUGACGCCUUUUCACUCAAAUGACUGCAAAUUUCGUUAGUUUGGUUUUCAAAAAGUCGGUUAGACAUUGAUCUGAUUCAUAUUUAUUAAUUCUUAAUCCUUAAUCCUUAAGUGAAAAACACUAUACCUACAGGCCCCUGUAUCUACUAAAUAAUAAAUAAAUAAACAAAUAAUGCCUUUAUUUAACGAGGGUAAUACUAAAUAGCCCAAGGCUAAUAAACUUGUGGCCCUCAUACUCUUGUAUGUGUGUGUUUUUCUGAGUAGUGUAGGGAAAAUUGGUCAAAUUCCCCACUCCCCUGGCACAAUUUUCAGUCUGACCAACACAACACAACACAAAACUUUAAAGUGAUGGUCACAGGUCACUGUGUUCGACAAGUUUUACUUUCAAUGCAAGUAAAUCUUGGUGACAAAUCUUUUGGCGUGUUAACCAGCCUUUUUAAUUGGCCAUUUCGGAGUUGCGGAAGGAACUGGGGUGAUUUUCAAUUUUUCUGUUAAACUGUAAAAUUCGUCAUGCAUCUUCUACUUGGAAGGAACUUCUUCGAAAAUCACUAUGUUUGCCCCUUUUCAGGAAUAUCACAGAAAUUGUGAAAAAAAAAUUAAGAGUUUGUCACUUUUUUAACCUAAAUGACAGCUCUCUCGGCCGUCAUGUAAAUGGUGCGUCACGCAAAAGCUUAGAAAUUCAAGCGUACUCUAUUACAAAACCAAGAACCCUUUUGAAGCCAAAAUUUGUUCGAAAACCAGUUUUCAGCUGCUCUAAUACACCAUGAAAGUAAAAUCUCAGUAGGGUCAAUAGUUUUGUAGUUUGACUUUUAGUGACGUCAUCUGAAAACCAACUAUACGAAAGGGGUACCUUUCCUCUCAAAAAUUCCCCUAUAAAAGGGACAAGGGCUGGAUCUAUCUAUCCUCCAAGUAACAAACAAAAACCUGUCGGCAAAACCUACAGACCUAAAAAUGAUAUUUUCUGCCUUUUAAUAGCAUAUAGUUUUCCUUUUUUAUAUCUUAUAAUAUACUUCGAAUGCGCUCAUGGACAUGGUGGAGAUUCUAUUUUCGCGGGGAAAAGUGCCCUAAAAUGUGUCUAAAAAUAAACUGGUCCGUAAAAACGCCGUGACAUAGGCCUAGUAUGGGAGUUACUCGCUCCGGGUUAUGGGCUCCUGAAUUGUGGCAUUUUGAAAUACUUGCUAGCCUAAAAGUUUUUCUAAUUUCCUGUUUUCCUGAUUCUGUAAGUGUUUUCUUCUCUAAUUGGCAAUAUUAUGACUGAAAUGAACUUCUGCCUGCGGGCCAUGAUACAGGCCCUCUAACUGGAACAGAUUUCUGGGACGGUCAUCAGAAGGUGACCGCUUAAUACAGGUGCACAGCAUUGGUAAAUAGCAUUUGGGCCAUGGGCGUCUACCAUUUAAGAGGGUCUGAAGGGGGGUUCAUCGAUAACACUAAACACUUCAUUUUUUGGCUUUCUAACAUAAAACAGUUAAAUUUUGGGCAUUUUAACACUAACAGUAAAACAUUCUUUCAAACAGUAAAUUUUUUCCAGAAAGAAGAAAAAACGUCUCUAAAAAGGCCAAUAUUAUUUUGUUUAGUUUUUCAAGGAGUUUUCGGCCAUUUUAGGACAAUUUAUUUCAGAUUUCCGAAGACUGCCGAACAUUUUCGAAGACUAACGAAGAGGUCCGACCAUUGCCGAAGAUAUCCGAAGAACCCUCCAAACACUUAACAGUACUUUCUUCGGAAACAGCAAACAUUAAAAACUUGACCAAUUUAACUGCAAACACUAAAACCCCAUUCAGACCCUCUUUAAAUAUUGCACAGUUUGGUACUUUUCAGAUCAUGAUUAGAUCUUUUCUUUAUUCCAGGUGAUAUGAAUGUCAUCCCAGUUGUGAUGGGAGGUGCUGAUUACUCCAAGCUGGCUAUUCCAGGGUCUUAUAUCAAUGUUAUGGACUUCAAAACUGUUAAACAACUGGCAGAGUACCUUCAGUAUCUGGACAAAAAUAACACUGCUUAUAAUGAAUACUUUAAAUGGAGACUAAAAUACAAAGUGUUUCGAAGCAACCUUGAUUUAUCAAUGUGUCAAAUAUGUAAAUGGUAUGUUGCAAAAUCUCCGCUUGAACUGAAAGUUUAUGGUGACCUUAGAACGCACUGGCUGAAGAAGGGACGAUGUAAUGAGAAAAGCCGUCUUAUCCGAAAUAUGUGGAAAGACGAAUGA